GCAAGUUUGGCGAGUCUUUUCUCGAAUUGUAUAAGAGUCUCUGUUUCACUUUCUUAGUUUUCGCCUCUUUUCUCUCUCAGAUAUCAGGCAAGGACACGAGAAUAACACGAGAAUUGUUCACGUUAGACAGUUUAAAUUGCGCAAUUUCCCCAGCCACACACCCUCUUCCUCAGAUAUCACCAGCCACAACCCCCCCCUUCGAUAAACAUCCAGUCAAACCUCAUGACCCAUCUAGCCACAUCCCAUGACUUGUCAAUGCUCACCGCUCUUCUCAAAACAACAUUAUUUUUAACUCAGCAUUGUCCAGGUUGAGUUGGAAAAACUGAAAGAAUCUGAUCUUGAGAUACUUCAUGUCUCUUGGUCAACAAAAACAAACAAAAACAGACAAAACAUAGCGCACAGGCCGUUGGAACGGCGAGAAAUUAGUGGUGACGCUUUAUUUACAUAGACCCUUGAACAAAACGCCCCACGUGGCUGAAGAGUAAUUUCCGGGCCUUGUCGUGUCGCGUCAGUGACCAAAUCUUCCUUAACUAUCCUAUCUAGCAGGCAUCACGCCCGCCAGCCCCCUUGAAAUCUUUCAACUCUGCACUGCACUAUUUACGUCUCUUGGGUUGGGUUGCCUAGGUAAUAAUAAACCCCCACUCAUGAUCGUAUCAUUAAUCCUCUAACACAUCGUCUCACAGACUGCUAUGGCCCAUCAGAGUCGUGUCAAAGGUCCAGGGAUUUCUGCCGCCAAAGCUCCCGCUCCCGUCGUCCGUGACGUGUCUGACUGGGAGGUCUUCACUGAUGACGAGUCUGACAGUGACACUUCUCAGAACACUGUCGAUUUCAUUGAGCCCCCUCCUGCCUACAAGGUAGACGAUCCCGGGUUGGUGGUCAACAGACCCACGCUGGGUAGACCGACUUUGGGCAGGCCUGUUGUUGAGAGGCCUGUCCAGGAGAAGCGUCAGUCGUCGUGGCGACAAUGGCUCAACAGAGAUAAGGUCAGCCCGGAGGCGGCGGAUGAACCGACUCUACGUCCUGACCGAAGGGUCAGGCGUCAUCGGUCUGAAACCGAGACACCCGAGGAGCGGGAGGCGAGAAGAUCAGAACGUCGUCGUCGACACAGGGAACAUGAAGAGCGUGGUCGCACUGAGAAAGACCGCCAUACUCGUGACAGAAGCCGAGCAGGUAGUCCAAGCACGCGACACAGACGACACAAGCGACGCGAAGGUGAGGAGAGAGAAGAGAGAAGCGAUGAGAAGGAGUCUCGUCGCCUCUCACGGAGGUUCCUUGGACGAACUGAUGAAGAGGACAAGGAACGGGAGAGGGAGAAGCGCAGGUCUAUGAGAGAACGACCUACUCUUGACAAGAGACACUCUACCUCUGCCUCAAUCAGGCAUCGCGACCCUGAGUAUGCCGAACGCGAGAGGAGAUCUAGUCGCGUGGACGGUGAGAGGCGACACAAGAGUAGUCGUGAGCACUCACGAGCCUCACAUAGCCACACUCGCGCUCCUGAAGAAGACAAACGUCGCGAUGAGGACCGGGAGGCUCGGAGAGCAGAGCGCCGACGACUGCACAAUGAGCGCAAGGCAGCUACCCCCAAGAACAGUGACUCUGACCGCGGCGAGAAGGAGAGGUCAUACACCAGAAGUGUUGAUCCUGAACGCGCAAGAGAGCGACGCCAUAGCCGACAUCUCAGCCAACUUGACAACGACAACCGAAGGGACCGCUACAAGGACUACGAAUCAGCCCGAGCCUCAAUGAAGAUCAAGAGUCCAAGUCCAGGCUCAGAUCCUGAGAAGGAGAAGUUGAGGAUGCACGAGAAGGAGCGCGAGAGAGAAGAGGAACGGCAGAGAGAGCGUGAACGCGAGAAGGAGAAUGAGCGCGAACGCAUCCGCUUAGAGGAGAAGCGAAAGGCUGAAGAGAAGAAGAGGAUUGAGGAGAUGGAGAAGGAGCGUGAGAGAGAGCGACUCGAGGAACAGAAGAAGCUUGAUGAGAAGAAGAGAGCGGAGGACAGGCGACGUGCUGAAGAGAAGAAACGCGCUGAGGAGAAGCGUAAGCUCGAGGAGAAGAAGAAGUUGGUCGAAGAGAAGCGUCGCCUUGCAGAGAAGAAGCUGAAGGCCGAGAGUCGACGAAAGGCCGCUGAGGAGCGCGAGAAGGAGAAGGAGCGCGAGAGACUUGAGGAGAAGAAGAGAAUCGAGGAGGAGAAGCGUCUUGAAGAGGAGCGACGUAUUGAGGAAGAGCGAAAGCUCGAAGAGAAGAAGCGUCUGGAGGAGAAGCGCAAGGCUGAUGAGAAGAGACGCGCUGAUGUCCAGGAGAAGGAGCGAAAGCUCGCCGAGGCCAAGAAGCGUAUUGAGGAGAAGGAGAAGCGCGCUGCUGAGCGCAAGGAAAAGGAUGCUCGCCGUGCUCUCCGCAAACAACAAAAGGAAGAGCAAAAGAAGAAGGAUGCUGCCGCCGAGGAGCAAGCAAACAAGCCUCAAAUUCUCGGCCCCAACAAGUGGCCCGCCCCAGGAGCACGACUCGGCCCCGCCCUGGGCCCCCUGAGACUAGCUACAGCUACAGCUACAGAGACCAAGCCGAAGCCGGCUGUUGUUGACGACUCUGACAGCGGUGUCGACUAAGCGAGGAACAAACAGUACAUGAGGCGUUUUUACGGGAUGACCAAAGCGGUUCUUUUGAUCUAUGACACAACAUCUCCACUCACAAACUUGAACUUGAACUUGCAGGAUGAAAGAUUCCUGAACGGUUCAACCGACUAAUGCAGCUUUGGAAGAAGCCUAUCUUAUACCCUGACUGAUGAAACAGUCACAACUCCACUCAAAGAAAUACUUUAACGCUAAUGCUCUGUAUGAGUAUAAUAUGAAUAUGAAUGAUUACGAACACUUUUAUUUCUCUCGUGA